CACUCUAAUAAAAAUCUACCUUUUUCUCUGACAGGAUGCGACCCCUACAAUUAGCACCAGAGACCUGAUGACCUUUACCUUGCAUGUUGCAAAAGGAUGUCAACAUUUGGCUAAGAAUAGAUUCAUACAUCGAGACAUCGCAGCUCGGAAUUGUUUGCUGACGUCGAAAGGAGAGAAGAAAAUUGCAAAAAUUGCAGAUUUUGGAAUGGCGCGAGACAUUUACAGGUCAGAUUACUAUAAAAAGGAUGGACGUGCACUGCUGCCUGUGAAAUGGAUGCCACCAGAAGCCUUUAUCGAUGGAAUCUUCUCCACCAAGACCGAUGUCUGGUCGUUCGGUGUGCUGUUGUGGGAGAUAUUCUCCCUCGGGUGUUCGCCGUACCCAGGUUUAGGCAACCAAGAUGUCAUACAACAUGUAACGUAUGGAGGUCGAAUGGGAAAGCCACGAAGCUGCCCAGAUGCCAUAUUUGAAGUGAUGUUGUCCUGUUGGAACAGUGACGCCAACGAAAGACCUGACUUCAACAUCAUUAUGGAAGUCAUCACCAAAUGUUCACAGGACGAAGAAAUCAUGUCAUCUCAGAUCCCUAGCUGCUAUUGUCCCCUUAUCGCCGAGCCUGUAAUUAUGCCAGUGGCGUUGCCCUAUAGAGGGGCGAAAAAAGUUCGAAUGCCGAAAUCUUUUGUAAGAAGUUCUGACCGCGUGACAAAACUUAAUUCGCAUGCACACCCCCAGCCCCACCACAAUCUACCCCAACAUCACCACCAAAACCAUCACCAGCACCAGCAUCAGCAUCACCAGCACCGGCACCACCACCACCAGCAUCACCAGCAACACAAGAGCAGUAGAACCAAGAACCGGAUGCCAGCAAGAAUUUCUCAAACUGCUCCUAAGCUGACGUACGCUUCAAUUGGAUUCUCUGAAGAGGACGAAGAGAAAGACGAAGAACUACCAGAAGAAGAGGAAAUGGAGCGGAAUGAAGAAGUCAAUGAUGAUAAUAAUAAUAAUAAUAAUAAUAAUGAUGAUGAUGAUGACGACAACAGAGGAGUUGAGAGAAAUGAAAGAGAUGCGAGAGACGGAGAAGACAAAGAUGGAGAAACCGUAAAAACGGAAGAAGGCAGAGAAAAUGAAAUAGACGAAGAUGAAGAAGAAGAAAUAGAAUUAAGAGAUGAAAGAGAAAUAAAGGAGGAUUUGGAGAGCUUUAAGAAGGAAGUAGAUGAAAGAGGAGAGGAAGAAGGUGAUGGUGAAGUAUAUGGAGGAAGCGAUGAAUCAAUAAGAUUGUUAAACGUUGCUACAGAAAUGUGCGAAAAUAAUGGGACAUUAACGGGAAACGAAUAUAGUUAUAAUAUUAAUGGUGGGGACAACAUCACCAAUGAUGAAUCAACAAAACUACUUGAAGAAUUCAAAGACAGUCAAAAAAAUCGAAACAAGAAUGGCGAAACCUCGCCGAACCAUUUUAGACGAUGGCAUAAUGACAGGAACCAACGAGAAACGACGGGGAUUGGUCAGGGCGAAAGGUUGGCUUUGCUUUCUUCUUCGAGAGACUUCGAGUUUCGUAUCGAAACGGGUGAUUCGGUUAGAAGCGGAAAUAAUGGUCAGCAGCAACCAGGAAACUGCAAAAAGUGCAGCUGUUCCAAUUUUCUGUUGAGCACUCACACAAACAACUUGUUGCCAUCUGUCCACUACCAGAACUGCGACAGUUCCGAUGGCCCCAAGAAACAGAGCUUUUCCAUCCUUGAAAGUCUCUCGUGAAAAUUAUAAAAAACAAUCAAUCAAACAAAAAAAUUAAAUAAAGACACUAAAAAUGCAAAAUAAAAUAAACAAACGAAUUUUUAAAAAUAUACAAAAUAA